GUGCCAGUAGGCGGUUCACGGUCAAACAUCUUUGCUAACUCUUCGGCAGCUCAGCAACGUCAUUGAGACAUUGGUUUUCAUCCCUGGUAUGUCUGCAUUCCUUCUCUUCCCUUCAUUCUCGCUCCAUCCUCCUCCCUCUGCUCUUUCAGUGCGAGGCAAGGUACGGACACUCGAGCCUGGCUCUUCCAUAGCCAUGCCGCUCUCAUGCCUCUUGCCAAGAUCGGUCAAAAAUGUCGCCGCAGUCCGCUUCAAGCCUGCGGGCAUCUGUUCUUUUCGGGUUAGGUCGGGCAGGAUCUGUAAAUCCUAAUCAGGACAAAGGCGGCGACGACUUCGGAAUGGAACUCCUGGCG